GCGGGGCGCGCCGGAAGAGGCGGGGCUUAGCUACACUUCCGUGGCCACGGGCGGGGAGGCCACAAAUCACACCACAUCUAAAAAGUUGCCAGCACUUUGCCCAGUGACAGCCAGAAUGAAGCCUUCUCUGUUCCUGCAGCGCCUUCACCAGAGUCUCCUGAAAGGCCUGCUGCGGCCACCCCUCCGCCACCACUUCCUCUGCCACUCAGGCACGCACCUCAGAGCAGGACUGCCCCCAAAGUCUCCGCCCCCUCGUGCAAAGUGGGUGCCGCCACCCUAUGGUUCUGCGAGAACGAGAGCGCUCUGUGCACAGAGCACCUUACGGUCACACACAGAAGGGCUUUCGGACAAAGAACAAAGACUCGUGGAUAGACUUUACACCGGCUUGAUCCAAGGGCAGAGGGCCUGCUUAGCAGAGGCCAUAACCCUGGUAGAAUCAACUCACAGCAGGAAAAAGGAAGUGGCCCAGGUGCUUCUUCAGAAAGUGCUGCUCUACCAAGGACAGCAGGAGCGGCGAAAUCAAGGAAAGCCCCUGGCCUUUCGAGUGGGAUUGUCUGGGCCCCCUGGGGCUGGAAAAUCAACUUUUAUAGAAUAUUUUGGGAAAAUGCUCACCGAGAGAGGGCAUAAGCUCUCCGUGCUGGCUGUGGAUCCUUCUUCAUGCACUAGUGGUGGGUCGCUCCUGGGUGAUAAAACCCGAAUGACAGAGCUAUCGAGAGACAUGAACGCGUACAUCAGGCCCUCUCCUACUAGCGGUACUCUAGGAGGUGUGACAAGGACCACAAAUGAAGCCAUCCUGCUGUGUGAAGGCGCGGGCUACGACAUCAUUCUUAUUGAAACAGUAGGUGUGGGCCAGUCGGAGUUUGCUGUGGCCAGUAUGGUCGACAUGUUUGUUUUACUGCUGCCCCCAGCAGGCGGAGAUGAAUUGCAGGGUAUCAAAAGAGGCAUUGUUGAGAUGGCAGAUCUGGUCGCCGUGACCAAGUCUGAUGGGGACCUGGUGGUGCAGGCACGGAGGAUCCAGAGCGAGUACAUGAGCGCCUUGAAGCUGCUUCGCAGACGCUCGGUAGUCUGGCGGCCCCAGGUCAUUCGCAUUUCUGCCCGAACUGGAGAGGGAGUCACGGAAAUGUGGGAUAAGAUGAGAGAGUUCCAGGACGUGAUGCUCGCCAGCGGGGAGCUGGCCGCCAGGCGCCGGGAGCAGCAGAAGGUGUGGCUGUGGAACCUCAUCCAGGAGAGCAUGCUCGAGCAGUUCCGGCGCCACCCUGCAGUCCGCGCACAGCUCCCUCUCAUGGAGACAAAGGUGCUCAGUGGGGCCCUGGCUCCGGGGUUAGCAGCGGACUUGUUGCUGAAAGCGUUUCAAAGCAGAGACUAGCGACGUUGAUCCGAGACACAGAUUCAUCUGCCUUGUCGCUGUGCGGUUUAGUAUUAAAAGCCACCCGUGUGCUUGUA